AGAUUUAUAUGUAAUGAGAUUCAGACAGACAUUGGAGAUUUCGAGUGCUCGGGGCACUGCUCGCAGUGCAUGGCGAAGUGGCAAAAUUGGGCGGAUCUUCACAUGUAGCAGAAAGGAGACAUAUCAAUGGGUAGUCGCCAUUGGAUUGCUGGUGUUGAUUGUCGUCUGUGUCGUGAUUGCUGCAGUUCUGUCAGCGAAAGGUGAAGAUGACAAUCCUGUCAUGUAUUUUGCUAUGCACCUUGGAGACCAGGCUCGUGUACGUUGUUGUGAAGGAAACCGAUUUAGCGACUUCAUGGAAUCUGAGUGCAGUAUCAAAAUUAAUAUAAACAAUACACGCACAGCGAUUGAGACAAUGAAGGACCUAAAACAGAGAUAUGCCUACAUUCUUUACACUAACAGUAUAGAGACAACACCGUCGAUGAUACCGGAAGAAGCUCUUAAACGUCUUGAUACCGUGGAAGCAGAGGCAGAAUCAUCUUAUAGUCAGGAAUCUGUGCUCAAAGCGUUUACGAGUCGACGUAGGAGCAAUGAUUUACUUGUAUAUUAUGUUCCAUGUAACUUUGACUACAGAAAAAAUCAGGAUGUUGUUGCCUUCGCCGAUGAAGUAAGAAGAGCUGAAGUAGGCAACCAAGUUCUGAUUGUUUCAAACACGCAGUUUUCGAAAGUAAUAGUCGAAGUAUACGAGCAAGACUACUUUCAUACUGUGGGUGUAGGGCAAGAUGUUCCUGGAAGGAUUUCGGAGUUUGCUCGCCACCCCAUAACAAAGACCACCGUGACACCUAAACAAUCAACGGUUUCUAAAACGACGACUCAUUCAACGACUUUUUAUACACAUAAUGUAACAACAUCACUAUCUACGACUACAUCACUAUCCACGACUACUGAAAGUCCACGCGAAAUAAGUUGUAUUUUCGUCGGCGACCUCUACAAUUAUGAUUCGAGUCAGAGGGAUUACGAUCUUGAAUCUCAACUUUUGGGUGAAGUCGGCUACGACAUCUUUGACGAAUUUCCCACAUCGCGCAUUGGCUUAUGGUUAUACGGAUACACGUAUUUACCAACAAAAGUUGAACCUUCAGAGAUAAAGACGGCCACUAAUUACACCGGAUUUAGAAAUCUACUAUAUUACAUGACUUACUUCUUCACUCAUGGUGCGCUGAAUACUGCAAAAGCCAUUGAUGCUUUGAAUGCAAUGUAUGACACGGAACAUCGGUUCAAUUGCUUGGUGUUUUGUACUGCUCAAUAUCGUACGACUCACCUCCCAUCGUUAAGUAGCCGCUUUGGUAAUGUCGUGGCAGUGGGCCUCAGUGGCACCAACCCAAAAGAAGUCUUGCCUUGGGACGGCAGAUUAGUAUCAGUCCCUCACUACUACGAUGAGUCACAUAUUAGAGCUAUAGUUAGAGCCAUUGUAGAGCCGAAAACAACCACCAAGAAGGCGAACAACCACUCUAAACAGUGCGAUUCGAGUGCAUUGAGAUGAUCACGGAUAAAAGCUUACUUUUGAUUCCUAAUUGAUGGAGUUGAUUUGUAAUUCUGAUGAGUAAAUGAUUUUGCA